AUGCUCCAUAGUCAUUUACCAAAAGAUACGACAGACACGACAGAUACGACCGACACGAUAGAUACGACCAACACGACAGAUACGACAGAAACGACAGAUACGACUGACACGACAGAUACGACAGACACAACAGAUACGACAGACACGACAGAUACGACCGACACGAUAGAUACGACCAACACGACAGAUACGACCGACAGGACAGAUACGACAGAUACGACUGACACGACAGAUACGACCGACAUGACAGACACGAUAGAUACGACCAACACGACAGAUACGACCGACACGAUAGAUACGACCAACACGACAGAUACGACCGACACGAUAGAUACGACCAACACGACAGAUACGACCGACACGACAGAUACGACAGACACGACAGAUACGACAGAUACGACUGACACGACCGACACGACAGAUACGACAGAUACGACUGACACGACAGAUACGACUGACACGACAGAUACGACCGACACGACAAAUACGACCGACACGACAAAUACGACCGACACGACAAAUACGACCGACACGACAGAUACGACCGACACGACAGAUACGACCGACACGACAAAUACGACAGAUACGACCAAUACGACAGAUACGACCGACACGACACAUACAACCGACACGAGAGAUACAACAGACACCAUGAACUUGACAGAUACAACAGACACGACUAGCUUUAUAUAA